AUGCUAUUAUUUUCAUUUUUCAAGACCCUGGUUGAUCAUGAAGUCAAAGUCGAACUAAAGAACGGUAUUGAACUAACAGGUACUCUAAAAUCAGUCGACCAAUUUUUGAACUUAAAAUUAGACAACAUUUCGUCCAACAAUAAUGAAAAAUAUCCACAUCUAUCAAGCGUGAGGAACAUGUUCAUCAGAGGUUCUACUGUGAGGUAUGUACAUUUGAAGAAAUCUAUGGUGGAUACCAACCUACUUCAAGAUGCAACCAGAAGAGAAUUAAUGAGUGAAAGAAAGUAA